AUGUACCACAUCUGGGAAGGCCGCCGGAGCUUGAACCAGAGCUCUGACCUGGUGGUCCCUGAGCAGCCUCCCAGCAGGGAGAAGCCCUUCGAGUGCUUGGAAUGUGGGAAGAGCUUCAGGAAGAGCUUCAACCUUCUCACCCACCAGCAUAUCCACACUGGGGAACGGCCCUACCCGUGUGGGGAAUGUGGGAAGAGCUUCAGGCAGAGCUCCAACCUCCGCGCCCACCAGCGCAUCCACACUAGGGAAUGGCCCUACCCGUGUAGGGAAUGUGGGAAGAGCUUCAGGGACAGCUCCCACCUGAUCCAACACCAGCAUAUCCACACCGGGGAACGGCCCUACACCUGUAGAGAAUGUGGGAAGAGCUUCAGCCAGAGUUCCACCCUCCUCCAACACCAUGGUGUGCACACUGGGGAACGGCCCUUCACAUGUGGGGAAUGUGGGAAGAGCUUCAGUUACAGCUCCAGCCUCCACAUCCACCGACGCAUCCACACUGGGGAACGGCCCUACAAGUGCUUGGAAUGUGGGAAGAGGUUUCUGACCAGCUCAGAUCUCCUCAGGCAUGAGCAGACGCACAUGGAUGAGAGGCCCUUCCGCUGCACUGACUGCGGGAAGGGCUUCAACCGGAACUCCCACCUCAUCACCCACCGUCGCAUCCACACCGGGGAGAGGCCCUACAAGUGUGGGGAGUGUGGAAAGAGCUUCACUGACAGGUCUACCUUGACCAGACACCAACGGACCCACCAGUAAGGGAAGCC